AAUAUUCAAAAACUUAUUUUUGUGCAAUUUAGAUGAAAAUUGUUUUUUUAAAUAUAUAAUGGACAUUUAAGCUCAUUUUAGUUACAGUGUUUUUUGUCAGGCGUACGAUAAUAUUAACACUCAAAUACGUAAUUCUCUUCCACUCACUUGCCAGGCCUGCCCUUUAGUCCUCCCUCCAGUCCUUCCUCAAGUCCUCAGUAGCCGACUGGCCCGCCGGGGAGCGGCCGUGUCGCCCGGGCGCGCGCUGUGUUCAUUUAGCUUAGUUUUUACGUAUUUUUGAAUGGACUUUUACACAUAGACAUUGUCGAUAAGUUUAUGUAGGGAGCAAGAGCACAGGCCAAUUAAAUUUGUAAUAAACUUAAUGUGCAACAGUGCAGUGUAUAAUUUUGGAUUGACGUCAAUUGCGUACGCUGAACGUAAAAUGUUGAUGUUUUAAAUUCUCGUGAGUGUGUACGCUAUGGAAAAUUAGAACUAAAGUGUUGCCUAAUAAACCUCUUUAUUUGUGUUUUGGCCAACUCUUUUAACGGGUAAUAAAAAGUGUUAAUGUUUUAGACUGAGCAUUAUAAAGUGUUUUAGAUUUACUGGCCAUAAACAGUGGAGUUUUAGAAAUCUUUUCGUGUACACUGUGGGCAUGAAAAGCGUUUUGUGUAAUUAUAACUUUUAAACUUUCUGUCUGUGUACACCGCGGGCCAUGAAAAGUGUAAAGUUGUGAAAUGACGGUAAUGUGUCGGACGUAAUACGGUUCAGUGCCGGAUCCGUGGAUCAUGGGGAUCAUCAUCGGGACGUGCGUGCCGGACGCGGAGCCGGACGCGGCGGCGUACGGCGCGCAGCUCCGCCGUCCGCCACGGAGGAUACUUUACGGAAUCAAAUGUCCAGUGUGCAGCAAAUUCGUGCUGCCAGACGACAUCGAGUGCCACCUCGUCAUGUGCCUCACCAGGCCUCGCCUUUCCUAUAACGAGGACGUGCUCUCCGACUCAAAGGGCGAGUGCGUGAUCUGUCUCGAGGAGCUGACCGCCGGCGACACCAUUGCGAGGCUGCCCUGCCUCUGCAUCUACCACAAGGGAUGUAUAGACCAAUGGUUCGAGGUGAACAGAUCGUGUCCGGAGCACCCCGGCGACUAGUCGCCGCCCGCCCGGACCCACAGUGCCAUGCGCUAGUCGCGAGUGAUACUUUUAUACAAUGAACAGACUGCGGCAAACGCCUUGUAAAUAUAUUAUGCUAGUGAGAUGUUUUACCAAUUAAAAAAAUAAAAAUUAAAAAAUAAACGGUGCGUCCAGAUCUGUCAAAUGCGCCGUGCGCGCCAUUUUCCAAAGAUCGCUAGAAUGAACCAAGCUAAAUCUAGGCUUGUUCUGCUUAGCACGAGUGCGUCGCUAUAGUAUAUCUACCUACCUGACUACCUGAGAAUAGUAAUUUAGAGUAGACUCUAAAGAAGAGACGCUUUUCACAUAGAUUUUGUACAUCGACCGCCUGUUUCUAUCUCUAUUGCACUUGAAUAUUUAUAUUGCUAUCUAGCUCACACAGUGACAUUGACAAUCGGCAUCAUGGCCGAGACAGCAAUAUAAUUAUGCGCGUGCAGUAGAGAUAGCAACAGGCGGGUCAAUGUAAGGAAAGUGUCUCAUUUAUUAUUUGACUUGUAAUCUAGUUUUUAGAGAUACAAGUCGAUAACAUGUUGGACCUUAAAGAUGGUUCUGACCUUCUGACGACUUUUUACUAUGUGGUUAUUUCCGUGUUUUGCGGUAAACUGAACGAUUGCUUUGUAUUCUAAAGUACGUUGUGUAGUGGAUUGGUAAAAAAGAAAAACGAAACACUAUAGGUACGAGUAUAGACGACCCAUCCUUUUCUAAUUAAUACAGAUAAAAAAAACGGGUAGGUAGUCUAACUCGCACGUGAGAACUCCCGCGCACGUGCUAAGCUUACCGCAUAUAUUUUGCUGUGGAAGUACCAUCGUAACCGUGAAAUUCCUAUGAAAAUAUGACGUUUAUUAAAUAGUAACAUUUUCACACAUUGGUACUUCAAAAUCUGUGCCGACUGGACUUUAAACUGCUAGCGUGCAUGUAUGUGUAAUCGGUUCGCGAAUGACGCUCGAACGAAUUCGGCAGAUCUGGACUGACCUAAAGACAAUUAUAGUAAUGGGAAAUUCGCGGUGAAGUUUUAAUUUUAAAUGAGAAAAUGUAAAUUUUACAAAGUUACUCUUUAGUUGAAGGCAUUAUGAAAUUGAGUGAUAUAAUUGUUUUUAUUUUAUAUUGUAUGUAUAAGCGUUGGUGGUCUCUUGGGCUGUGAUUAGGUUUUAAUCUUUUGACCGCCCUGCAGUGGCAGCAUGGUUCCAUUUUUAUCGCUUGUCACUAUGCCCGUCACUUUCGCACUUACAUACUUGUUAGAAUGAGACAGGCAUGGUGACAAAUGAUAAAGCGCUGACCAUCUUAGCCCUACUGGUUUAUAGUUGUUUGGUGUCGAUAUGACGUCACUGGUCAAAUUUUACAGCGUUUACGUCCUAUUUUCUAUCAAAUCAAGUUUAAUUUGUGUGGAAGGUUACUUAACCCUUUAAGAAGCUGUCAACACCCAAUGUCCUUGAAAUUGAUGUUACUUAAACAGUUUUUUAAGAAAGACUAUUUGUUUUAGUCAAGUAAGAAAAAUAUAUCAUAUUAAUAAUAUUUCAAAGACCGUGGUUGUACUCGAUACAUGAUUGAACGAAAUCGGCUCGAUAGAAAAUAAUUGCAAAGAUUGGUCUUAAAAUCACAAUUAAACGGUUAUGCCUUUAUUGUUUUGACUUAUGGGUCUGCAAUUAAAAUCACAAUUUCAAAACAUUUAUAUCUAAACCGCUAUUGAGUAAAAUAUUACACUAAUAAUCCACUUUUUUUUAUUUAAAUUUUUUUCUUAUUAUUCCCUUGCCCAGGCCCAGUAACAUGCGACAGUGCUAUCUCAUUUACUCCGAUACAAAUAGACUUUGUGCGCGCUUUAGGUAUUGACAGCCUCUUAAACGCUUUGUCAUAAACACAAACAUCACAAGCCAAGCUCCCGGGCGCAAGCGAGCUAAUGUAAACCUUACUCGAAAGUGUGAAGGUUACUUUGACAGCGUCCGCCAUUACCUAUAGUUGUCCUUGGCGCUGUGGGCACUAGUAACGACGACUUAGGUGUUCAUGGCGUUGGCGUUAAACUUAUACAACAUUGACUAACUGAUCAACGACAAUCCGCAGUGAAAUAUGCAACUGCCCAUACAAUUUAGCGAAUGUUUUAACGGUGACAGACGGGUUAAUGCAAUCGAUAUUUUGUCUCAAAUCUAUUGUUUUUCGUUGAAUAAUAAUUAAGAAUAUAGAAAUAUUUCUUUAUUGAGAAAGCAAAUUAAUUGCUUGAAAAACCAAUGACGUCUAACUAAAAAGCCUCACUUUCGGGCUUGGUUUUAUAAAGAUUUUUUUAUUAGUUAUGUCAUAAAACAUUGUAUAGUAUUUAAUAAUUACUUGGUUUUUCAAUGGUCUGUUACACCUUGUUUCAUUUAUGUCUAAAAUGUACUGUAUAUUCAUUAAUGUGAAAAAGAUCUAACAAAUCAUUAUAAAAUCGGCUCUAAGCCUUAACAAUCUGUAUAAAACGGAGCGUAGAAGGCUUGGAAUUAUAAUAGGGAAUAUUACGCGAAACUCUGCGUAGGGGGCGCCACUACCACAAUCCAUCACAAUGUGAGGGUCUACCGCGAAAAAAAAAAAAAAAAUUUCGUUAUCUAACCUCUCUAUCACUCUUGCACAUUCGAGCGAUGAAGAGGCAGAUAACUUAAUUUCGGCUUUCGUGUUUCCCGGUAGGCCCUUUGUAAAGAAACCGCCUUGAUGCAUCAAUGUCAUAUUUUAUUAUCUGCGAAAAUUUUUAAAAAACCGGGCAAGUGCGAGUCGGACUAGCGCACGAAGGGUUCCGUACCAUUAUUUAUAAAAACGGCAAAAAAAAAAUAUGUUUGUUGUAUGGGAGCCCCCCUUAAAUAUUUAUUUUAUUUUGUUUUUAGUAUUUGUUGUUAUAGCGGCAACAUAAAUACAUCUUUUGUGAAUAUUUCAACUGUCUAGCUAUCACGGUUCAUGAGAUACAGCCUGGUGACAGACGGACGGACGGACAGCGAAGUCUCAGUGAUAGGGUCCCGUUUGACCCUUUGGGUAUGGAACCCUAAAAACAGUUUAAGGCACAGAAUGUAUAAGUUACUCUAUGGUUUAGGAAGUUGAUAGUGCUGCACUCUGCAGAACAUUACAGUAAUACUCCCUAUUAGGAUUAACACAUAAUUUUAAUAUAAUAAACUAGAUUUUGCUUGGUGCGCGGGGCCCGUGGGCCCCGCGGUGUGCAUGGUGCUGUAGUUGGUAUUGUUGUUUUUGUAGUUGGUGCUGUUGUUGAUGUUGUUGUUGAUGAGUUAUUGUUGUAGGUGCCGUUGUUUGAGUGAAAAAGUUUGUUUUCCAAAGGGAAGAAGUGUUGCAGUUGUACUUUUGUUGCGCGUGCGAGCAUGCACUCGGCCUUGCGUAUGUUGUUAUUAAUAUUGUUGUUUAUGUGUUGUUGUUGUAGUGUUUGUUGUUGUUGCUGUUGUUUAGGUGUAAAAGUUUGUGUUUUCCAAAGGGAAAA